UUCUGUGCAGUAAGCAACGGCGGGAGGGUAGAGAUUAGUAUAUUGCCGGCGGAUGGCAAGCCAUCGAUAUCAAUGUACGAUAUUCAAAUCGGACAUGAUCGACCUCGCGUGUGAAUGUGAACGGCACAGCCACCGCAGGAGGGAGUGACUGCGUUACUGGCGCCCGGGCGCAGUGCCUCCCGCGUAUUUUGGGACCCGGCGGCAGGACUAUCAUCAGCCCCGGAGUCCCCUCUAUGCCAUGAGUACUGGUUCCGGAACUCGUUCCCAUCUGUUCGUCGCGCAUGCUUGACUUUUCCUUCUGUUUCUCUUUCCCUUACCCUCCUCUUCGGUCCUGUCUGUCCUUCCGGUUCCUCUCCAUCGUGAAGCCAUUGAACCCGACUCGCGGCUGGCCACUGGAAACCGCGCUUGCGUGGGCGGAGUGCGGGAUUUGGGCACAUGCGGCCAAGUUACAGUCUUUGGUUCCAAUGCAUCCUUGCUCUUGCAGCCUGUAUCCAACUCGCGUGCGCCGCUCCUGCUGACAGCAGCACAUCCUUUCAUGUCCCCUCUACCACGUCCACGACCCACACAUCUUCCUCCCCCACCCAUACAAGCGCUGCGGUCUCCUCAUCCCCGACACACGAUGCUGCUGCAGAUGGGCACGGCGAUGAUGGCGACCAUUCCUCAUCUGACACGCGCUCUGCAGCUACGGUCACAGGCUCGACCCAUUCCAUUAUCAUCCCUCCCACCGCCCGUCCCCAUCCCACUUUCCAUCCAUCAUGGAGUCACUCUGCUGGUUCUCCAAUAACGCACUCACACCCCUUCCCACCAACCUUCCCCACAAUGGCCCCAUCGUCGUCACGAAACUCCAAUGGGCACGGCCAGAGCGCCGUUGCAAUUGCCUUCGAGGUCAUUGCGGGCGUUGUAGGGUUGGUCGUCGUCCUGGCAUUGGCACGCUUCCUGUAUGCCUACAAGCGCACUCCCCCCCUCGAUCGAGUAAGCGUGUAUGUCAACCGGCAUAAUCUGGAGAGGGAGAUGGAAGAGAUGGAGCGAGACCGGAUGGCAACCUUCGCCCGUGCAUUGGAGUCGUUUCGUUGGCGGCCGCCGCCUCCGCCCUACCAGCACGCGCCUGCGUACGAGACGGUAGUGAAUCCGGAAGGUGACGGGUCUAUUGACUGGGGUCGGCCGACAGAGCCGUCGCUCUCCCAACGCCCUCCAUAGCAGUCAUUGACCACUGUCCGAAUCUGUUUUUCGCUGCCGUAGAGCCCAUACGCACACCACACACUAGCCACAUUAUGCCUCUCCGCAUGCUCUGUAGCGCUCCUUUUUUGCCUUCUCUGUGGAUACGGGAUGGAUAUGCCGGGUGUGAAUUAGUCCCAAAUUCUUCGAUCUACGACAGCAUGGAGAUUUAUCCUUGGACUGCUUCCCAACCGUCGGACACUGCUUGCCGCAUCAACCCUCAUUCGCAUGGACUGCAACACUCGCAUUCAUUCAUGAUAUUCACGGGCGGCAUAAGGCCAACUCCUCGUCCUACCUGUUGUUUACGUAUAGAUCCCAUAUCAUCUGUAUAGUUGGCACUGUGGAGGCGGCAGGGUGUAUCAACCAUAGUGCCGAGCAGCC